AAAAAAUAAUUAAUUUAUGGCUGCACCUGCUCCACGACUUAUACCUAAUAGAUUUUCAGCUGGACCAUUACCAGUCACUCCUGAACAAAAGUAUUGGCAAGGAUUUAAGUCAAAAGUUACAAUUAAAGAAAUUGCAUCUAUUUCGCAUAUUCAUUUUUGUUGCAAAGAACCUCAUGACUUUGCAGUUACGAGUUCAGCACGUAUACAGAUUUAUUCUUCUCAAACACGAACAGUAAAAAAAACGAUUUCUAGAUUCAAAGAUGUUGCAUAUUCUGGGGAAAUACGAGCAGACGGAAAACUUUUGAUUGCCAGCGAUAAUACGGGAACUGUUCAGUUAUUUGAUAUCUCAUCUCGUUCUAUUUUACGAAGUCUUUAUUCUCAUAAACUUCCUGUUCAUGUAGCAAAAUUUUCUCCUUAUUGUCUUACAACAUUUCUUUCUGCAUCUGAUGACAAAACAAUUCGUAUAUGGGAUCUACCAACAUCAACAGAAACGUGUAUACUUCAAGGAAAUAAUGAUUAUAUAAGAGCAGCUGAUUUUCUUUCUAUGUCUCAUGUUGUUUUAAGUGGUUGCUAUGAUGGUACAGUUCGUUUAUGGGACAUAAGAAUGCCUGAAAAAAAAAAUGAAAUAAAAAAUUUAAAUCAUGGAAAAAGUGUGGAUGCUGUUUUGUCAUUAAAAGAUGGUUCAAUAAUUCUUAGUGCGGGUGGACCGGUUAUUAAGGUUUGGGAUAUGAUAUCAGGCAAAAAUAUGCCUUUAAAAAUUAUACGGAAUCACCAAAAAAGUGUUAUAUGUCUUUCUAAAAAUAAUGAAAAUUCUAGGAUUCUUAGUGGAGGGCUUGAUGGUCAUGUAAAAAUAUAUGAUAUCAAAGAUUGGGAAAACGUGCAUGAUAUUAAAUAUCCAGCGCCAAUAUUAUCUCUGGGAUUAUCUCCGGAUAAUAAACAUCUUGCUGUUGGAAUGAUAUCGGGUUUGUUUUCUAUUCGAUCACGUCAGAUAGCGAAAUCUGUUCCACAAAAUCGGAAUAAAUUGAAGCAGUCUUAUACUGAAAUGAUUCAUGAAAAUAAUAAUCAGAAUUAUGGGAAUUUAAUUGUAGAAAAGAAAAGAAAAGCUCUUCGUCCAUAUGAUAAGGCAUUGAAAUCUUUUCAUUAUGCAGAUGCGUUGGAUUUGGUUUUAGAAAAUAAAUCACCUCUUGCUACUUUUACUGUAAUUAAUGAAUUAAAGCAUCGAUCGGGACUAUACCAAGCUUUACAAAACCGCGAUGAUGUAUCAUUGGAACCUAUUUUACGUUGGCUUAUUCGUUAUUUGCCAAAUCCUCGAUAUGUAUUUAUAAUUAUCGAAGUUCUUAUGUUAAUUAUUGAUAUAUAUGGAGCUGCAUUAGGUCAUUCUAUCUUAAUCCAAGGUCUUUUGUUACGUUUAUCAAAACAUGUUUCUCGUCAAAUUGAGUAUUGUAAAGAUGCUUGUUCAUGUAAUGGAAUGCUUGAAAUGCUUUUUCAUGGAAAUCAAGGGUCAUAA